UUUGUGCUUUCGUAAGUCUUCGUCUCUUUUAAUUCUCAAUCCUACACCAAAAGACCAGCUUUCCAACGAACGAUCUGUUGAAAAGGCUGUCGUAAAAAUAUUGAGCGGUAACGUUGUUUUCAUGGAAAUCCUCAGCAGAUUGUGAAGUUACACAAUAGCUUCACUCCGUCUGAGGAUUGCCUAAUUAGCCAUUAUUCUCUGUUUUCAAAACAUUUUAUCUACUUUCUGGCCGCCAACACUCACUCACGCCACUUCUAGCAACGGACAUGGCUGCAUGCUCCAGUAUGCUCUUCUCCACAUUUGCGGCUACAAGCUCUCUAUGGACGAUAUUAAAGCUUUCCGAUCCAUAGAUAGCAUUACUCCCGGCCAUCCUGAAGCCCAUGACACCGAUGGUAUCGAGGUCACUACUGGUCCUCUAGGCCAAGGCUUCUCCAACGCUGUUGGCUUGGCUAUUGCUCAACACCACUCUUCUGCAGAGUUCAACAAGCCCGGUUUCGAGCUUAUCAACAACUACACAUAUACUUUUCUUGGUGAUGGUUGUAUGAUGGAAGGUGUUGCAAGCGAAGCUGCGUCUCUUGCUGGUCACUUGCAAUUGGGUAACCUUAUUGCCAUCUAUGAUGACAACCAUAUCUCUAUUGAUGGUGAUACCAAUUGCGCCUUCACCGAAGAUGUAGCUAUGAGAUUUAAGGCUUAUGGCUGGCACGUUGAGACUGUUGAUGAUGGAGACCACGAUUUGGAAGCCAUCGAAGCAGCAAUCAAGAAGUGCCAAGCUGUCAAGGACAAGCCUUCUAUGAUCAAGCUUCGAACUACCAUUGGUUACGGUUCCUUACAUCAAGGCACCGGUGGUGUUCACGGUUCCGCUCUCAAGAAAGAUGAUAUUACGCAAUUGAAGAAGAAAUUCGGAUUCAACCCCGAGGAGACCUUCGUUGUUCCCCAAGAGGUCUAUGAUCUGUAUCACAAGAAGGGUGCUGAGGGUGCUGCGAAAGAGAAGGAGUGGGAACAACUACUUGAGAAGUAUGCUGGCUCCCACAAGGCUGAAGCAGCAGACCUCAAGCGUCGCUUGACUGGUGAUCUGCCAGAGGGCUGGGAGAAGAAUCUCCCAGUCUAUUCGCCUUCCGAUUCCGCCGUCGCUUCCCGCAAGCUUUCGGAGAUUGUCCUCACAAAAAUCCACCAAGCCAUUCCAGAAUUGGUUGGCGGUUCUGCUGAUCUGACAGGAUCCAAUCUCACAAGAUGGAAGGACGCAGUCGACUUCCAGCCUCCAUCUCUUGGUAUUGGUGACUGGUCUGGACGCUAUAUCCGUUACGGUGUCCGUGAGCAUGCCAUGGGUGCUAUCAUGAACGGUCUUGCAGCGUAUGGUACUAUUCUCCCAUACGGAGGCACUUUUCUGAAUUUCGUUUCAUACGCUGCUGGAGCUGUCCGCCUCUCUGCUCUUUCUCAAGUUCGUGUCAUCUGGGUUGCUACCCACGACUCUAUCGGAUUGGGCGAGGAUGGACCUACCCAUCAACCUAUCGAGACUCUUGCCCACUUCCGUGCCCUUCCUAACUGCAUGGUCUGGCGUCCAGCUGAUGGCAACGAGACUAGUGCCGCAUACUAUAUCGCAUUGACCUCUAAGCACACUCCUAGCAUCAUCGCUUUGUCUCGCCAGAAUCUUCCACAUCUUGAAAACUCAACGCUCUCCAAUGCCAUCAAGGGUGGGUAUGUUGUUCACGAGACUGGGAAGGCUGACAUCACUCUUGUAUCCACUGGUUCCGAGGUCGGAAUCUGUGUUGACGCCGUCAAGUACCUGAAGGAGAAGCACAGCAUCACUGCUCGUGUUGUAUCCAUUCCUUGCUUUGAGGUUUUCGAUGCUCAAUCAAAGGAGUACAGACUCAGUGUUCUCCCAGAUGGCACCCCAUCCCUCUCCGUUGAAGUCAUGUCGACCAUGGGCUGGGAGCGAUAUACACACGAACAAUUCGGUCUUAACAGAUUCGGUGCUAGCGGUGCCUACAAGGACGUCUACAAGGUAUGUCACAUCUACAUUUUUAUUUUUCAGUACUAACCCCUCUAUAGAAGUUCGAGUUCACUCCUGAGGGCGUCUCCAAGCGUGCUGUUGCCACCAUCGAUUUCUACAAGGGCGUUUCUAACCUUCGCUCUCCUAUCAACCGUGCUUUCCAGCAGCUCAUCUAAGCGGCUUGUUUCGUUGAUUGAGCUAAUGUUGAGAUGUGUUUUGGAAUGAACGUAAAUUUUGCAGAUAGACUA